GACCUGCAGCCGCCAUGGUGACCGGCGAGCAGGAGGCUGCGCCGCCUCCCUGGCCGGUGGAGGCCCGCUUGGCGGCGCUGCUGCCCGACCUGCUGGUCUUCGGGAAGCGCCGGGGAUCGGAGCCCCAGUUCGCCACGGCCCAGGGGGUCCUCCUAGGCGUCCACGUGACGGGGUUUACAGCAUUAAUAGACAGGUUCAGCCUGACCUGCAAGUCGGAGCAUGACAUGGACGAACUGGCCCACAUCUUCAGUUAUUACAUUAGUGCCAUCGUGGAGCGUGAGUGAUCAUUGUAGGGGAACAAGGAGGUGUGGUGCUGGGCUCCAGAGGGGUUGUAUGGGGGCGGGGGGCUGGGGUGCUUUAAAACAGGUGCUAAAGGAUCAUUCCUGUAGCAUUACUCAUCUUUGGUUUCUUCAGGUUGCCAGUGACAAAAGCUAGAUCUUUGCCUGUGUUUGUCAUUCUAUCCAGUCUGACGUUACACUGACUAUA